UUUGACUUCCUAACGUGUUAAAAAUAACAAACACACGCUUGACAGUAUGGACUUGGACAAAAGUCUUUCUUGUGAACAUGAAGUCCAAAAAUCCCGAAAGGAGCUGCGCUGAAGCCAUUUGUCCCAAAACGGGUUCUCUCCGUUUGUUUCAUGCACUCCACUUAUAAAGCCGAGCUCCUUGAGCUAUAGCCCACGCGCUGAGACGUAGGCUAUCUGUCAUAUUGUGCCAGUGGUCACAUGGCUUUGGCCCUCUGGAAUGGAUAGAGAUGGAUCCCCACGUCAGCUUAAGGAUUUUUGCUCCAGCAGUCCGCCUCAAAGUGGCUGCAGCGCAGCGCCACGGAGCGAUGCGCGGAUUGUCGUAGUUCGUUAUUUUCUCCCUCUUUCUCCCUCCCCAGCAGCGGAAUAUGGAAUUUGAUGAUCGCAUUUCUGGCUCUAAUAUGUUCCUACCGAGCUGCACGUAUUACGUCUCAGGAGCGGACUUCUCGGGUCUCCCUCAUUAUUUAACGCAGAGCCAGUCCUCCUGCCCCGUGAACUACUCUUACCAGAGCACCGCUCUGCCACAGGUUCCGGCUUUUAGAGAUUAUGGCAUCGAGCCUUCAGCUAAAUGGCACCACAACAGGGGGAGCCUGGCGCACGCUGAGGACAUUGUGCACAACAGGGACAGCUGGGGUAGAGCGACCUCCCGGGGUGGAGAGAUCCUGGUCAAAGGCUCCUCCAGCUCCUCCGACCCGUACACCCUGGGCUUCAGCAGGAACGGGGUCCUCCCGCAGGCGUUUGAUCAGUUUUUCGACCCCUCGUUCGGGAGCGCAGAGGCCAACGCAGCUGCCACAGACAUGGACACGGAUACGAGCCCGACUCCGGCUCAGCCCGGCUCGGACUCGACGGACCGCUGCAGCCCCAAGUCCUCCUCCGGCCGCGGCGAGGAGAAGCAGAGCAGGAGCAGCAGUGCGCAGAGGACACGCAAUAAGAGGUGUCCCUACUCCAAGUAUCAGAUCAGAGAACUGGAGAGGGAAUUCUUCUUCAGCGUUUACAUCAACAAAGAGAAGCGCUCGCAGCUGUCGCGGAUGCUGAAUUUGACUGAUCGGCAGGUGAAAAUCUGGUUUCAGAACAGGAGGAUGAAGGAGAAGAAGCUCAACAGGGACCGUUUACAAUACUACAGCACAGCCCCUCUGCUGUAGGACACACAGACUGCCACAGAGCGCACAGGACGGCGUUUUAUUCUCCUAAACUGUCAAACCAAACAAAAUCUUCAUAUUAUUAUUAUUAUUAUUAUUAUUAUUAUUAUUAUUAUUAUUAUUAUUAUUAUUAUGUUGUUGUUGUUGUUGUUUCUGUUGUUAUAAGGGGUACGUACAGUUUUAUUUUAAUAAAACGGUAAUAGAUACUGUAUUUUCAAAAUGAAACAUUAAUUAAUUUACUUCAGAAUUAAACUUUAUUUUCCA